UGCCCACCAGACAGUAGUCGUCGUCCACCACAUAACCCACAGUCCCACACCACACACUGACACAUAUAGCUAGAGAGCUAGCUCAGCUAUUAGCCGCGCACUACCACACGCCACACUCAUUACUCGCCACUACUCUUCCAUCGCAUGCCCGGCCGCCCCUCUCUCUCUCUCUCUCUCUCUCUCUCUCCCACAGCUAUCUACCAUACCUCUCUAGCUUAGCUACAUACCUAACUAAACUGCCAAGAAUUUAGCCGAAUCAAGAUCUCGAUCGAUCCCAUAUAUUAACAGAUCGGACCCCGCCCAUGCAUGUAUCUGUCGUAGAUAGAUAGAUAUAGACAGAUAUGGCAGAUCACCAGGAGAUGAUCCAUCCACCGGCGGCUGCCACUACAGGCAGCACGGGUCACGGGCACGGCGGCGAUUGGUGGACCACGGCGGUGUCGUGCUCGCCGGAUCAGCUAUCUGCUGGGUUUGGCGCCGCCGGCUGGUCGUCUGCUGAAGGCAACAACAAGUCGAGGUCCGGCAACGCGGCGGCCUCCUCGGAGUCUCCCGGGUCCAACCACUCGCUCGCCACCGGCGGCAGCUCCAUAACCUUCCAAGACAACGCAGGCGCCGUCGCCGAUCACGGCGUGGUCGCCGUGCCGUCGCACCCCGCGGUGUCUGGUGGUCUCACCGCCAGCUGCUGGAACCAGCCUUCUUACUACUUGGAUGGAUCUGUAGCUGGUAAUUUCCAUGGCUACAUGAGCCCAAGAAGCGACCAGGCUCAUCACGUAGGUCUGAGGAGCCCAUCAUCGAAUCACAACAACAGCUUGAUGCUACAGGACGCCCAUGAUCCCAACCAACAGUUCCUGUCCAACCUUGGGCUGGAGCUGCUCUCGUCGCCGACUUCUUCUUCCGGCGGGUUCCGGACCUCCUCACUGCUCAGAAGCCUCACGGAGCCAUCGGCGGCAGCAGCCAAGACUUCCUCGCCGGGCUUCAUGCAGCAGUACCACCAGCAGCAGACGAUGAACCAAGUGCCAGCUGGAAGCAUCAGGGAGGCUCUGCAGUUCAGCAAUAGUACGCCGUUUUGGAACCCUUCUGCCGGCAGCUUUGCUUCGGCGGCGGAGGGGGCCACAAGCUUAUUACCACCGUCAGGGAAAUCUAGGCCGGCAAAUUUUGGAGUCAAGAGUGCAUUAGACGAAGGUGCCGGAGACUCUAGCAAUAUCAUUGCAAAGAGGACGAACACCGCUCCAACGCCGCCACCACUCAAGAAAUCGAGAACAGGGACACCAUCACCAUUGCCUACCUUCAAGGUGAGGAAAGAGAAGCUUGGUGACAGAAUCACAGCACUUCAGCAACUAGUCUCCCCUUUUGGAAAGACGGAUACGGCAUCGGUGCUCCACGAGACCAUCGAGUACAUCAAAUUCCUGCAUGAGCAAGUUGGUUCUCUCAGUGCUCCUUACCUAAAGAACAGGCAGCAAGUGCCCCAUCACAAGGUCUUGAGGGAUGGAGGUGAGGCGGCGGCGGCAAACGGAGAACUCACCGGCCGAGGGCUGUGCCUAGUCCCGAUAUCGAGCACCUUCGCGGUGGCCAGCGAGACGCCUCUCGAUUUCUGGACACCGUUUGGAGGCCCUGCAGCCUUCCGGUAGUAGAUGUGUAUCUCAUCCGGGAGCUAGCUAGCAGCUCUUACUAAUUAGAAUAAUUUGAAAGUUCUAGCUAAUUAUAAUAUCAAGUGCUAACUCACAUCACAUGCAGUAGUUACUAGUGAGCACAUAUAUAUAUAUAGCAAUCUAUGACUGAAGUAUGGAGUAUAUAUAUAUAUAUAUAGUUGAAUCUUAGGAAUGAUUUCUUGAAGACUUGAAUUCAUUCUUCAGGUUCAUACAAUAAUGAGGUGCCAGAUGAAUAUAGUUUAUAUGGCAAGCAAACUGUAACUCAUCAUAAUUUUCCUUUGUGACAAUCAGGUGGCACACACAUUGUAAUUAUACUUUGUUAUCACAAUAUAUUUAACACUUCUGUUUGAGAAUUA